AUGCCUAACAGCGCUGCCUCGGGCCAGGGCGGGGGUCGGGCCGACCAAGCUAAAGGUGUGUAUACAGCCGAGAAGGCUAACGCUAGCCCGACCCCGGGUCGUAAGUAUAAGCCGACCCUAAUCUUGUAUCUAAGCUUAUUAAUCGAGACGUGGCUCGAGCAGAUCGAGCGGUACUUCGGUAACGCCUUCGAUAUCUAUAUCUUCUACGCCUUUAAGGCCUUUAUCGGCGGCCUUAUCCUAAGGGACCCGAAGACGGCCGCGACUGUAGUGCUAUCGUCCUAUAAUACCUGGACGGCGCGGAUCCUGGAGGUGGAGAUAAGAGAGGAGGGGAGUGAUAACGAAGAGAAUGGUGACGAGAAUGACGAGGAGGUUGACCCAACUAAUAACGAGGAUAACGGCGUCGACCACCCUGAAUCUCCGGGGGCUCAAUCCCCGAUCUUGGGGGGUAGUAAUAGUACGGAGGGGGAGGAGGAUCCUUACUUAGGGCCGUUCGGCGGCGGCGACUCGGCCAACGAUCUUGUUAACCUAGAGAGACUAAAGUAG